AUGGCCAAGAAAACCCACUCUUCCAGUCAUUCUUCAUCUCAAAACCCACAUGCACACAAAACCACUCCAGAUCCAACACUAACACCCCCUCUUCCUUCUAAACCCUCCUCACUCUCUUCCCAAUCUCAACCCCUACAUAUCCAACCACUUUCCACUUCACCCCCUCACCGCCCUAACCGUUCAAAGAAGCCCACACCUGUCGCUGUCGCCGCCGCCGCCGCCGCCGCCGCCGAAUCUUCCAAAAAGUCCCAGAGAGUCUGCUUCACUCCCGACGAUGUGUUGCUCAUUCUUAGAUCCCUUUCGGAUUUCAAGUCCAAAUCUGGAAAAGACCCACUCAAACACCUCGCUGAUUUUCACAACUCGUUGAAGAGUGCGCUCAGUAUUAAAACCACAGGAACGAAACUCAGAGAGAAGAUUCGGGCUUUGAGGAUCAAGUUCGACAAGCUACGUGAAAACAGCGAAGAAAAUAUCAAAUUUUCAUGUCCUUGGGAGGAGGAAGUAUUUCAACUUUCUAAGAAGUUUUGGGGUCAAGAGAAUGAACUUGAACAACAACAACAAGAAAAAUCACCUGAGAAGGAAAAUGCUGCUGAGAAACUGAUGCUGGAAGAACCACCUAAGGAGGGAAAUGCUGCUAAGAAACCAUCAUCAUCGAAGAAACCUGUCCCGGAAGAACCACCCAACAAGGCUAAGAAAUCAUCGACAAUGAAGAAAAAACCGAUCCAGGAAGAGCUAUCAUCUGUUGUUGACAAUGAUAAAAUGGGUCAUCUUAGUUUGAGUGAAAUGUUUCGUUUUGGUGAAAUGCGAAUGGAUGUGAAUGUGCUCAAGAGGGGAAUGGAGUUGAUUGGGGAAUCUGAGAAGGAAGAGUUGGGAAAAAGGUGGAAGAAGUUGAAAGUUCAAGAGGCGGAACUGUUUCUGAAGCGGGCCGAGUUGGCUGUAGAUCAAGGUAGAUUGAUUUUGAAGGAAUUAAAAAGAUCCUCUUAG